AUGGAAGAAGCUCACGAUGUCGCCGUCGCCUCGAUUGCGGCCCAGGUCAAGGUCUUUCACGAGAAGCAGAUGCCCUUUCGCAUCUACCACGGCGCGACGAACAGCACGCGACGCUCGCAGCGGCGUGCGGACAACACCAUCGACACGAGCCAGCUGAAGCGCAUCCUAUCCAUCGACGUCGCUCGGCGGUCGGCCCUCGUCGAGCCCAACGUGGCCAUGGACACGCUCGUGCGGGCGACGCUGCCGCACCGACUCGUGCCGCCCGUCGUCAUGGAGCUCCCCGGCAUCACCGUCGGCGGCGGCUUCUCCGGCACCUCGGGCGAGAGCAGCUCGUUCCGCUACGGUGCCUUUGACGCCACCAUCCGCUCCGUCGAGGUUGUCCUCGCCGACGGUCGGAUCGAGAAGGCCUCGAGGACGCGGCAGCAGGACCUGCUAUGGGGAGCCGCAUCCGCCUUUGGCACCCUCGGCGUCGUCACCUUGCUCGAGGUCGAGCUGCGGCCGGCCUGCCGCUACGUGCAGCUGACGUAUUCGCUCGCCGUCUCGGCCGGGGACGCCGUCCGACAGAUGCGAGAGGCCUGCGGCGAGGAGGAGAACGACUACGUCGACGCCAUCGUCUUCUCCAUGGACGAGACGGUCGUCUGCGUCGGUCGGCUGUCGGACGAGCCGCACGAGCCCGGCGUCAAGCCGCUGCGCUUCACGCGCCGGCACGAUCCUUGGUUCUACGUCCGCGCCCGGAAGGUGCUCGGGAGGCUCGGCAAGUCGGGCGAGCGGGCCGUCGUCGACACCAUCCCGCUCGAGGACUACCUCUUCCGCUACGACCGAGGCGGAUUCUGGGUCGGCCGCUACGCGUUCCGCUACUUCCUGACGCCCUUCAACCGGGUCACGCGCUUCGCCCUCGACCGCUACAUGCACGCCCGCGUCAUGUACCGGGCCCUGCACAAGAGCGGCCUCGGCGACGCCUACCUCGUCCAGGACGUCGGCAUCCCGUACGACAGGGUCGAGGAGUUCCAGGCCUGGCUCGACACGAGCUUCGGCAUCUACCCGCUCUGGCUCUGCCCGCUGCGGGUUCGACGCGACGAGCCGGGCUCCAACCACGGCUUGCACUCGGACUUUGCCCGACCGGACGCCGCCGACCUCAUGAACUUUGGCGUCUGGGGCCCCGUCCGGGGCAACCGACGCGAGUACGUUCGGCAGAACCGGGCGCUCGAGCAGAAGGUGCAGGCGCUCGGCGGCAAGAAGUGGCUGUACGCUCACGCCUACUACACCGAGGACGAGUUCUGGGCCCACUACGACAAGGCCUCCUACGACGGGCUGCGGGCCAAGUACGGGGCCGGUUACCUGCCGAGCGUGUACGACAAGGUCAAGGUCGACGUCGAGGCCGAGGAGGCGGCCAUCGGGGCGACGUGGAAGUCGCGGGCGAAGGCUCGGAUCGGCGCCAUCUGGCCGCUGCGAGGCCUGUACGGUUUCGCGAGCGCCGUGGCGGGAUCCGAGUACCUGCUGCAGAAGAAGCAGAAGAAAUCGAGCAAGCAGGCGCAGAAGGAGGGGAUGACGAAGGGGACGGAGAUGGAGGUAGAGGCGGAGAAGGAAUCGGAGAGGGAGACGGAGAAGAUGGAGAAGGAGACGGAGGAGGAGGCAGCGGAGACGACCAAGGCGAUGGAAAACAAGUCACAAACGGAAACGCAGAAGGACACGGAGACAAACGAGAGACAAAAAGGACACCCGGAAACAAAGGCGAACAAGGCAAACGACCCGGCGGGUGCGGAAGAAGCAUAG